AUGUUUCGCAUGCAAAAUAAUGAUGAUAAGCUUUUCAGUUUAGCCAUAAAGAAGGAUGAAUCAAAAUUAAAUUCUGGUUCUUGGGAGGAUCCUCUACCCUCAACCCAUAAUAAUAAUCAAAACUCAGCGCUAAACUCGAGUGCGCCAAAUAACGGCAAUUUGCUAACAACAACAACCACAGCACAAUUACAUAAUACCACAAAUCCAAGACGUCCUGAUACGUUGACAACAGGACGUAACGGUUUGCAACCAUUACAGCUAAUACAACCUCCACCGGCAGCAGGACAACAGAAUCAACAUCAUACCCUCCACUCCCAUCAACAUCACCAUCAUCAUCAGCUACAGCAGAACAGUCAACAUUCAACACAAAAUUCAAGUGCCAUAGGCCGCUGUGGAGAGGCGGCGGCGGCUAAUUCACAGCAAAAUCCCUUACAACAAACACAACAACAGCCGCCAUAUCAGCAUCAACAGCAGCUCGCUCUUCAGGGAGCAGGAGCUGUUACCGGCAACACAAUAGCUGGCGGUAGUUUUAACGCCAACGGCGGAUCUACUGCCGUUGGUGUUGGCGGCUGCGGCGGCAGCGGUACCACAUCACCCAACAGUGCGGAUCAUAUUGGCGAUAGUGCCACCGGCGAUUUUAAUACCAUCUCUCCAAUACCACCACCACUUAACAGCUCUUCGGAAGACGAAGAGUUGACUCACGCGGAAGACAUAAACGGCAGCGUGACGUCUUCAUUAAGUGCCACAAAUCAACGCAAUUCCCAAUUGCGUUCGACCUUCAAUCGGGCCAAACAGCAUCUGUCCUUUGACAAAUGGCGCUCGACUCACUCACAAAACUCACCGGCUGAUAGCAGCAGUAAUUCGAGUACGGGAAGUAGCAGUACAGGAGUUGGCGGCGGAGGAGGAACUUUAACCCGACGUGCCAGUACAACGUGUGCCACCAUGCCAACAGCUCAUCAGCCACCGAGAGAAGAUAUAACAACACCCGGUGAAUCACCGGGUGGUAGACUCUCAAGAUGGUUCUCCAUACGACGAGGCUCUUCGCAUCAAUACGAUGUGGGUGGCCGCGAUGGUAGACACUCGAAUUCAUCGAGUAUCGAUAUGCCAGAUUCCACAUGUGAUUCCACGCUAGGAUCGCCACAAAAGAUAAGCUCAAAUUCUGCGAAUACAUCAAAAUCUGCGUGUAAAAUGCCUGGAGUACCAGAGAACGAUGAUGACGAUUUGGCUUCAUUAACCGCAUCGACUUCAAGAUUCGAUUUGGAUUUUAUGAUACCACCUGGCAGUCGUGCAAAUGGUACUGCCCGCACCGCUCACAAUCGUCUGGUACAGCCAAUGCUACCACCAGCGCCACCUGGUCUCUCACAGCAACAACUGAAACGUCGUCACAUUGUGUCGGCCAUAGUACACAGUGAAAAUUCAUAUGUGGCAACACUGCAACGUCUAGUCAAUGAUUACAAAAAACCUCUGGAAGAAAGUAGUCCACCCGUUUUGAGUGCUACCAAAAUUAAUACACUCUUUCAUCGCCUGCCUGACAUUCUGCAAUCGCAUCAACUAUUUCGCAUUGCCCUGGCCGAAUGUGUCCGCAAUUGGGAUCGUGACGAGAAACUGGGUGAUUGUUUUGUUAGCGCCUUCAGUAAGCCACGUAUCUUGGAGAUCUAUUCGGGUUUCAUCAAUAAUUUCUCAGCUGCCAUGGAAUUAGCCAAAAUGGAAGAGAAACGCAAAUCGGCCCUGGCGGAUUUCUUCAAAGUUAAACAAAUUAGUGCUCACGAUCGUUUAAGUUUCUUCGGUCUAAUGGUUAAGCCGGUGCAGCGUUUCCCCCAGUUCAUACUCUUCUUGCAGGAUCUACUCAAAUAUACACCCCAGGGACAUCAUGAUCGCAUGUCGCUGCAAUUGGCUUUAACACAGCUGGAGCUGUUGGCCGAAAUGCUCAACGAGCGCAAACGUGAGGCUGAACAGUAUCAGGGUUUCAAGGAGAUGUUGGGCCACAUAAGUGGCACAUUCAAUACACGCUCUCUAACCACCACCGAGGGCAAUCGGCCACGUUAUUUGCUCAGAGAGGAUAAUGUAACACAUUUGGAAUUUAAUCAGGCCGGUUUUAUAGUCAAAUCGAAGCAACGCCGUUUGCUGCUGCUGAAUGAUAAAGUCAUUUGUGUAUCGGUGGCACCGAAGCAAUCGCACGAUUUUGGUGCCACAGAAAAGUUGACAUUCAAAUGGAUGUAUCCCGUUACGGAUGUGGAAAUAGUCGAUAAUAGUACUUCCGCAACGUUAUCGAGAAUAUUAACUGCAGGUCUCAAUCGAGGCGGAAGUCUUAAAUCGAACAGCAGUUCAUGCAACAAUUACCAAACCAAUACCUUACCCGCCAACACAUCCUCACCUUCAGCCAUGACGGGAUAUCAAAAUCCCGCUUUCGAUAAUUCACCCGCAGCUUUACUUACCAAUGGUGCUGACAACCUCUGCAAUGAGAUGUCCACUCUCAUGUACGACUAUGAGGUUGUGUCGCGUAUCAACGAUUUGGUUGGCAGCCUCAAGGGUACCUACAAGGAGCUGAAUUGCAAUUUAACCCGAAAUCUAAUGAACUCCAUACAGAGUUCGAUACAGCGCAAAAACGAGGAAAUGGCCUGGGUUGACUCAUGCUGUUUGCAAUUGGUAGCACGCUCCAAGAAUGGCAAGGAGGAGACAUUCACAUUCCAAACGCUGAAUCCCAAUGUGAAAAAGGAGUGGAUAACCGAGUUGCGAUUGGCUCAGCUGGCCUUGGACAUAAACAAUUCGCCAGCCUGGGAGACGACAUCGGCGGAGCCAUGUGCCACCAGUACACCAGCCUAUGAACAGCAACAGAUGCAGCUGGUGCAGAGGCAGUCGAAUAAGAUGCCAUUGUUUGUUAAAGCGAUGCCGGUGCAUAAGUCACAGCAUCAAACGGAGGUUCGCUGUGGAUGUUAUUACAGCAUCGCUAAUGACUCUAAACUCAGUGGCAAUGCUCGUCGCCGUCACAAGCAACAGAACUAUCUCUGGGUCUGCACCACCAACAUCAGUACAUCACACAUCACUGUUUACUCGCAGCAUCACCAACAGGCUGGCAACUUACGCGAUGUGGGCACCUUUGAGCUGGCCGAAACCCAAGUGACAGCCAUGGAAUUUGUAAAGGGCCUCGAGAACUGCAAGACUCGCGAAGAUGUCAGCAGCCUUUUGGGCGAUCUCAUAUGGAUGGGCACUGAUACCAAGAAAUUACUCAUAUACUCGGCCAAGAAUCCCGAACAGGAGGAGCAAUUGAAUUGUUGCAAUGUCCAGGGAGUGGUAAUGCGCAUACUCUAUCACUUUGACACCGUCUAUGUGGCAUUAUCCAAUGCCACGGUGUUAAUCUAUCGUCGCGCCUACGAUGGCGUUUGGAUGCUCAAAGAUCCUCAGGUGGUGCUAAUGGGCGAUUCCGGUCUGCCGGUGCCCAGUAUCUUGCCCAUCAACAUGAAUAUCUAUGCGGCUUGUGCCAAUCGUGUCUAUGUCUUGAAUGCCUUAAAUGGGGAGAUCCAAAGAAGCUUCGAAGUCCAUCAUGGUUCAAAUCAGCAAGUCAAUCUGAUGGCCCAUUCGGGCAUUGGUCUAUGGAUUUCUUUGAAAAACUCAACCAUGCUGUGUCUAUAUCACACUGAGACCUUCAAGCAUUUGCAGGAUAUCAAUAUAGCCUCGAGUGUUUUGCGCAGUGAUGGCAAAAAGGAGCAGGCAGUCAAUAACAGUGCCAUUUACGUGACGGCCCUAAUGGCCUGCAAGGGUUUGUUAUGGGUGGGCACCAAUGUGGGCAUUGCUGUGACCAUACCUUUGCCACGUCUUGAGGGUGUACCUAUUAUUAGUGGGGGCAUUAGCAUGUCUUGUCAUGCCCAUUUUGGACCCAUUACCUUCCUCUUGCCUUUGGUGCCCAAAGUGUAUCCCAGUUACAAGCCUCCAGCUGCUACGGCGGCGGCUCCCUUGGCUUUGAGUGCGGCCCCAGAACCAGCAGCGGCGGUUCCCAGCAUGGGCGAUGAUUUACAGUUGCCUGCCAUAGAUGCAGAUCCCAAAAAACUCACCGAAGCUGAUUUAGAUGAAACAUCGGUGAUAUUGAGACGCGAUUUAAGUAAAGAGGAAACGGGUUCAGGCUCUGCUUCCCCUUCGGCCAUUAUGUUGAGGGAGCUUAGUAUUGAUGCUGCAGACUCGACUACAUCCUCGCCACGCUGCUCCAAAUUGGAUAAACAGAAUUCCUUGGACCAAAGUUUCUCCGCCAAGAUACGAGCCUCUCUGGCCAACUCACCAGCUUUCCAUCGCAAGCGUUUCCGUGACUUAUCAUCCGAGUCGGCACGCAUGUCCAAAACUCUGCCCAGAGGCUUGGGCUCUGCGGGCUACUUCCAAUCCGGAAUGAACUCCAAUACCAGUACCUUGUCCCACACCGAACAUGGCUAUUGUGAUGUAUAUGGCCUGUAUGGAAAACUGAUUUUCGUCAAAGAAGACUACGAUGCCGAAGAGGGUAAUCAGGGCAACCUCAUGGAUAUGAUGUAUGAGGGUAUGCGUAGAUCAGAUCCCGAAUUGGCAGCCAUACCGGGUCGUGUUACCACCUUGGAUAGACGUCUGCGCAUGAAGGCCUCGCGGCCCAGAUCCUUGGAUCUAUCCAAUUGGUCAGUGGACUCAAAGUCAUCAAGUCUUUACACUUCCUCGGGCAGUGAAGAGAGCAUGGGCAUACGUUUCUUUGGAGGCCGCUCGGUUUCACGCAACAGCUCCAGUGCCAGUCAUAAAACUUCGGGCAAUGGCAGUGACUUGGGAAACAUAUCCGAGAAUGGCCUAAUGACCGAUUUGCAUUAUACUCACAGUACACCCAAGUCUGAUGACGGCUUCAAAUUGAUGCAACUGCAGCAAAAUAAACAGCAGGGGGCAGCAGCAGCAGCUGCGGGAGCUGUGACCAGCACCACACCACCACCGGCGGCCACAGCUACUCUGAAACGCAAACAGAAACAAACCGCCAAACAACAGCAGCAACAACAGGCUGAUGGACCCCGCACCAUAAUCACCUUGACCGGAGGCAGAGGCUAUUGGCGCCAUGUCUGGUACAGCAACAGCAAUUCGCCAGGGCACAAAUCAUCCUCCUCAUCGGGCUCCUUGAGCUCGGGAGCCUCAUCGCCUUUGAUUGCCAACUCAAACGAUGCCCACAUUGUGAUCUGGGAGAAAAAGUUAUAAUCUCGGGAGUAUGUGUGGCAUGGCAAGGCCACACCUUCAUAUUCAACACCUGGACCAAAUGCAGCAGCAGCUUCAGCAUCUUCCAUAUUUUUGCAGCCACCCAUGUCCUUACAAACCACACCAGAACGUCGUAGCCGUGUUAGAUUUCGAGGUUCUUUUGUUAUACGAGAUCGCAAUGCCUGUUCCUCACUAACGGGCUCGCCAAAUUUGGGCAUGGUACCUGGUACACCCACCAUGGGAGGCAGUUUUCGACGCUUGGCCAAACUAAGGCGUGGUGGUAGUUUAAAAGAAUUCUAAACGUAAAAGGAAAACAGAGAAAGAAA